AUGCCUAGCACCACUGCUACAGGUGACUUUGGCCCAGCGCCGCCUGGAGUAGAUCUGGCAAAGAACCAGACAGGAAACUUGUUGGGGGCAGUUAUUCCUGUAGCGGUACUCGGGACCACUGCAGUUAUAUUGCGAUUAGCUGCGCCGAUGAAGUCCAAAGAGUCGAGAAAAUUAGCUAUUGAUGACUACCUAAUCAUUGCAGCGCUGCUAUUUUCUUGGGGCACAGCAAUAUCCUGCUUCAUAAGCCCCUUAGGCAUUCCGUAUGGCAAUGGUUAUCAUUUGCAGUCUUUGACCAAAGCGGAGUUUAUUACUGUUUGGAAAAUCCUUUUUGCCUACGUUAUGAUUUACGCCACAGCCGUCACCUUCACCAAAUCCUCCAUUGUAUUCUUUUACCGCCGCAUCUUCAACUUUCGCUGGUCAUUAGGCUUUUGCAUGUUCUUGGUCCUUGGGUACUGGGCCACCAUUAUCAUCACGGUUGCAGUGGCCUGUAGACCACUGCCAUAUUUCUGGCUGGUCUAUACUGACCCAACAGCCAUUGGUGUAUGCAUUGAUGUGCCCACAUUCUUUUUUGGUAAUGGAAUUGGUGCCAUGUUGAUUGAUGUGAUAAUAUUGUGUAUGCCGAUGCCAACAAUUUACAAGUUGCAGAUGCAAUUGUCGCAGAAGGUAGCGGUCAUGGGCAUUUUACUCUUGGGAAGUUUCGUUUGCGUGGCAAGUAUUUGCCGAAUCAUCGCACUGCAGAAAAAUACCAGAGGAACAGAUGCUACAUGGACCAUGGCACCUGUCUUUAUCUGGUCGUGCGUGGAACCCUUUGUUGGCAUCAUCUGCGCAUGUCUCCCUACCUUUGGACCAUUCUUUCGUCGAUGGUGGACCAAGGUCCGGACAGGGCGUUCAUCAAAUAGUCGCAGUACCGAUCCAAGCGCCGAACAUCCAUCUGCUACAACGACCUGGCUCCGGAAACCCCGAGCAAGAAAGCCACCCAAGGACUCAUUAUUCAGUAUCAAUGACUUUGGCUGUAUAGAUGAAGUCCAAUUAAUGAACGAUAUAAAUGCCACUCGGUCGUUGAGGGACGAGGCUGUAAGUGACCAUCAAGAUGUGGAGCGAGGAGAUUCCAGUGGCAUUACAGUCCAACAAGAUGUGGAUGUAACAUGGGACAAGUAUAAAUCGGGGAAAAAACGCUGA